AUGAAAGAAGCCUUCUCCACCCCACUGCAAGGCUACGAUGCCCUACGCAUCCUUACGCAGAUCUUCUCUUUCCAAACCAUCCACUACCUCAUUCUGGCUACACUUCUGCCGCCGUUUCUCGCGAUCUUUGCCGAAACGUCUUCGUUGAUGUUCGAAGGUGGACCUACUCAGGUGGGGAUGGUGUUUGACUGGAGACAGCUUGCGGGACAACCGACGUAUGAUUGGGUUGCACCGAAAUCCAGUGACUCCAAAGGAUGGUUGGAGGAUGGGCAAUCUGGGUCAGAGGAGGGGGAGAUUGUCAUUGAUCCCGCUGUGCUGGUGAGGUGGAAUUUGGACAACGUUUGGUUGGAUGAAUCGAUAUCGGGUGAUACGUUACAGGGGAAGGUGUUGGAUCACGAUGAUGUUCUUCGAUUCAAGACCACCAACACCUCUUCUCCUUCCCCCUACAAGUCUGACGACACCUCACCAACAAUAACCGUCCAACAAGCCCUCGAACACUGGGAAUACUCGCACACACGCGACUCCCACCGCUCCACAACCCUCAUCUUCACCUGGCUCCUCACCAUCCCCCUCGACAUCCUCCUCCUAGUAUACCUCGUCCGUCGUCCAACUCACAUCCUGGACCACGCCCUCACUUUUCACCUCCUCAAUUUUGCCAUUUCGACAUGGUACACAGGUGCAGUACCAAAAGGUCUAAAAUGGUGGUUGACAAUGUUGAUACAUGCCGGUGUGUUGGUCGUCUGGAGCGAACAGUUGGCGAUCAAGAGAGAGAUGGGAAGGAGUGUAGGGUAUGGGUUGGUGGGGAUGGGGAUGGGGGACGAGGAGAUGGGAGGGGGAGGGAGAGAGGCGGGAAGUAAGAUCUUUGACGUGGAGGAGGAGAGCGAGCGGUUCGAAAUGAAACCCUUGUGA